AUGAGCUCGAUAACCUAUUCAGACUCGAACACAGACCCCCAAGCCAACCCCAACCCCAACGCCUCAGACUCAACGACCCCAAAGAAGCCACUAGCUCUGCCAGAAGCGCCGCACAAUUCUGCCACACAACUCGACAUGAGUAACGGGGAUGCGUCGGUCAAGCUGGAUCACCUGGGGCCGAUGGUCGUGAACGUGGACGGAACCUUGAGUCGGAUAUCGAAUUGGGACAAGAUGGCAGACAUUGAGAAGGAAAAUACCUUGCGGAUUAUUGGGAAGCGGAAUCAGGCACGGUUGGAGAGUCUGAGAGCGAAGGAGGGCGGGAAGUGA